CCUGCGCGCGGUGUGCGCCGCUGAGGCGGGUCCGGCUGCGGGACAGGCCCGGGCGGCCCCGGCUGCCCCCGCACGGCAUCGCGCUGCUGGGCCGCGCCUCGGAGCCCCCUCUCGCAGCCGCGCGGGGCGACCCUGCACCGUCUAAUGUUCACACCGGGCGCCGGGAGGUGCGGGUCUCCUCGCUCGGUACGCAACCCCCGGCGGAACCCCCUGCGGGAGGCCGCGGGGCAGGCGGGGACGGGCCGGAGCGGCCGCGGUGCGCGGGGGCGGGCGGGUGAGGGCGGCGGCGCCUCCUCCUCUGCCUCCUCCGCCUCCUCCCCGGCGGUCCCGCCAGCCCCGGGCCGGUCCCGUUAGCCCCGGGCCGCUCCCUCUAGCCCCGCGGCCCUUCCCCUUCCAGGCGCUGCUGCGGUGAGACGGGGCGAGCAUGGGGCCGGGAGACCUGGUGCAGAAGAUCAGCAUCAGCGCCGAGAGCUGCCGGGGGAGCGAGAGGAACGGCUCCGGCGCCGCGCUGCCCGGCGCUGAGGGGGCGGCCCCCGGCACCUGGAGGCAGAAGUGCGCGGCCUACGUGCUGGCGCUCAGACCUUGGAGCUUCAGCGCCUCCCUCACCCCCGUGGCCCUCGGCAGCGCCCUGGCGUACCGGGCCGAGGGAGCGCUGGACCCAGGGCUGUUGGUGGGAAGUGCCGUGACCGUCCUGGCUGUGCACGGAGCCGGCAACUUGGUGAAUACCUACUACGACUUCUCCAAAGGCAUCGAUCACAAGAAGAGUGAUGACAGGACUUUGGUGGACCAGAUUUUGGAGCCUCAGGACGUGGUCCGGUUUGGAGUCUUCCUUUAUACCGUGGGCUGUAUCUGUGCUGCUGGGCUCUACACUGUCUCGACGCUCAAGCUGGAGCACCUGGCCCUGAUUUACUUUGGAGGACUUUCCAGUUCUUUCCUUUAUACUGGAGGAAUUGGAUUUAAAUAUGUUGCCCUUGGAGACGUGGUGAUCCUGAUCACCUUUGGGCCCCUGGCUGUCAUGUUUGCCCAUGCUGUGCAGGUUGGUUAUCUGUCUGUCUCACCACUGCUCUACGCUGUCCCACUCGCCCUCAGUACUGAGGCCAUCCUGCACAGCAACAACACACGGGACAUGGAGUCUGACCGGCAGGCGGGUAUUGUCACCCUGGCUAUCCUCAUCGGCCCUGCCUUCUCUUAUGUUCUCUACACCCUGCUGCUCUUCUUGCCCUACCUGAUUUUCUGUGUGCUGGCCACACGCUACACCAUCAGCAUGGCACUGCCCCUCCUCACCAUCCCCAUGGCUUUCUCCCUGGAGAGGCAGUUCCGGAGUCAGAGCUUCAACAAAAUUCCUCAGCGGACAGCCAAGCUCAACCUGCUCCUGGGGCUUUUCUACGUCUUUGGUAUUACACUGGCACCAGCUGGAGCUCUGCCCAAACUGUAACCAGGGCUGCAGUCGGGCCUCACCGCUCGGUGUUAAUGGUAAUUAGCAGUGGUUGUUGUGGGUAGAUGACCCGUCCUGGACAGUGGGAAGAAUGGAGAGACCAGCUUGAGCUCUCGAGUGUAUGUGAGUGUUGUCAUUUCUCUCCCGGUCAGCUUGUACAAGGGACUUAAAAACAAUUAUUGUCAGUUCCUCUGAAGGGGUGAACUGUGCAGCUUUGCAAUGUGAGGACAAGGAAACAUCUGAAGAACCUCAUCCUUCUGCCAUUGAAUUCUUUCACUGUCAGUGAAAGUAGGACUGAGCCUCAGAUCCAAACUCUUUGUUCCCUUCACAAUCACAGCCGUUGCUCUUAUGACUCCUGUUCUUGCCAUGGUCAAGGAGUUCAGUGGCUCCUGUGUGGUAAACAGAAAACACUGCCAAAUGUUGAGCAUCACAGUGGUGUAGGUGCUGUUCCUUCACUCCCUGGUGAGCAGAGUUCAUCUUCAUCUGUUGAAUGUUUUAAUUAUUUUUUUUUCCUAGCCAAAUUUUGAACUUUUAUUUCUAAGCCCCAUGAAAUGCACUAAAUACUAAUUCAUUAAAUAUUGCUUCUGCUUGGUCCUUAUAGGCUAGAAAUGUCAAAGUUAUGUGUCUCUGUGCCAUGUUGGUGCUAAAAUGGAGCACGAAUAGCCCACUGCACACACCUGAAGCCAAAACCAGUACAUUUAUAUUCUGCCAUGAAAGGUGAAGCUGUAAAUGGAAACCAUACAACUGAAAAGCCCUCAAGAAAAACAAGCAGUUCACAUUUCUGCAUUUGCUUAGAAUUUAAUCUCUGAAAUAACAGUCUUGGAGUUAAGGGGGAGCACUGGAUAUGGAUUAAUGGCUAUGUGAGUAGAAGAACAGAUUUUUAGUUUGAAAAAAAAUAUUUUUUCAGUUGUCACUAUUUAGAGGCCCUCGGUGUUAUAGUAAAUGUUAUAUUUUAAGAAGAUCAGUUGAGCAAAGGAGAAGGAUGCAGGGUUAGAAAAAAGGUUCAAGAUUAUUGCAUUGCCUCUGCAUAAAAAUUAGGACUGGAAACAGGAAGAAACCAUUUUUGUUAACAAGACUUUUUUUCUGGUAAGAGUCCAGAGUUUGUGUGACUGAAUUACAUGUAACUGUUGUUAGGUCUGAAGUUCACCUUUUUUUCUCCUCUUACACCUCACAGUGUUGAUUUGUUUUCUCCUGCAGAUCUUGCCACUUGGUAUUCUUGUGGCCAUUUGGAGAGCUGAUUGUUUCAGUAAUUACGCAGCAGUGUGAAAAACAUCCCAAACACAGCUGGGAGAAGUGUGACUUUGGGUGCAAAGAUGAAUUUGUCCCCUGUUGCUCAGUGGCAAUUGAAUUCUGUCUGUCUUGGAGAAAAAGUGUUCCUUUCCAGUGUUCAGGGUUUUGGUGGAAAAAUUGUUUACAGGAGUACUGAAAAGGAAUUGGUCCAGGUGAUGAACUAGAGCUUCUGGUGCCUGGAGCACAGUCUUACUUUUGAACCAAACAGUAGUGAAGGGCUUUUAAACAUGAGCAAUAAACUAGCACUAAACUAGCCUGGUGUUAUCCUGCAUCUGCCAUAGGUAAGUUCUGACCUUGUGGUGUUCAUCUGAAAGUGCUGAGUGUAAGGUUAGUGGAGUGUACUGACAGUAGUAAAGCUUACAAGAUUACUUGGUAUAGAUAGUUAAGUGACUGUUUUUAUGGCUUCAUGCUGAAAGGAUUCUUUGCAGGUCUAUUUUAUAAGGCACAGUUUCAUCUUUUACUAACAUGGGGCAAAUGAUCUCUCUACUCUGACUAGGCACAAGGUGAGAUAGACAUCAGCAACUGUGUGCUGCUUUCUGCAGAAAAAUACUUGUUUAGAUUAGAAGCAUGAGGAGAAAGUGCAAAAGUUCAGCUCAGCUGGAUGGACAGAGAUAUCCAGAAGUUUUUGGAAACUGUUUUCAAUAUAGACAUACACAACACAGGAUUUACUGUUAACUUCUUUGUGGACCUACAGAAUAAAGAAGAGCCUGGCUCUGAGACCCACUCCAUUUUUCUGCAAGGCAAAAGCUUGUCUAGCAGUGUGGUCUGAGGUGGUGAAUCUGUGAGCCUUGCAGCUGGGGAUAUGUGGGUUUAUGAGGUUAAUCCCAGCAUGGCUUUGUUACUACCUUUGGUAGGAGUUGUGUGCUUUAUUUUAUUAUAGCUUGUUCCUGUAUAUUCAUCAGUUUAAAAUAAUGAAUAGUUAUCUUUUUCUACUCCUUUUACAUAAACCAGAGUACUCAAGCUAAAUUCCUUAAAGUAACUAAUACUUGGCUCGUAUCUUUGAUAUCUGUAAUUGUAACAGUGAAAGAUCUAGGAUAUGAUAAUUGGUGGAGUCAUUUUCUAUUUACUAGCAGGGAAGAGCCCCCUAUGUAGGAUGUCUGCUUACUGCUGGAAAGGACUAGUGCUUUUUGUUACAGAGAUGAAGGAAGAGGUCAUUAGUACAUAUAUGUGUUUGUAGAACACUUUUCAAGGUGGGGGGGAUUAAAAGCAUUUUAAUAGUAAGAAUUAGAUUAAAAUUUAGUAAUUUCUUACUAGCAGAUGCUGGUUGCCUCCAAUUCCCUGUUUGUGAAAAGCAUUAUCAUUCCAUGUUGUUAAGGAUAUUGAUAUUAAGUAAGAGAUACUUCACCAUGACUUUGAGGAAGUAAUUUAAGUUCUCUGUGUCUCAGAAAACAGCAAUUUUUUGCCUACCUCACAGGGACGCUGAGCCAACUUCAUUGUCAGAGAGAUUUGAAAGUAAAAAGUGCUUUAUCUCUGUGUGCUUUUCAAAAAGCAAGUUAGUGCUACAACACAUUUUAGUUAGGAACUAACCUAACAGGUGACUUAACCAAUGUAAGUAGACCAAAAUAAUCUCUACAUAGAUGUUGAGUGGUAAGAGACGUUCCUUUAUUGGUUAGUUUUGUGAUGAGGAUGCUGGGUCUCUUUCCCUACACCCCUCAUCCCUGUCCCUUGCUGCUUUCCCUGAAUAUGAACUUUUUAAACAUCUUUCAGGUCUCUCUGGGUGAUCUGUGUUGCAAUGUGAUGAGUCUACCCUGGCAGAUAAACAGAUCUGUAGCCCAUCUGUUAAUGUGUGCUAAAGCACCUCCUGGCAUUUCUUCUUAUCCAAUAAAACAUCUGACUGUUACUCUGUUUAUUAUGCUGUGUUUGAUUAUUUUGUAUCACUCCAGUUGUAUUUUUGCACAUAUAUUAGAGCACGUUCUGGGAAGGAGGGUCCUUGUCUGCCAUCUUUAUAGGGUUAGUGUGUGAAAGAUUGUGCUUUCUUGUGUGUAUGAAACAUAAUCCUGUCCUUCCAUGUCAUUGGGUGACAAGUUCAGUAGCAGUGAUCAUCUCGUGCUAAUGGCAGACUUCAGAGUAGUUUCAGUAUUUUCAUCAAUGAGCAGAAUUUUCUUUGAUGCAGUUUUCUGUGCCAUGUACUGUUCAGCAUUUGCAAGAAGGUUUCAGCUGAACUUUUAAUCUUUUCUAAUAAAGAUGGACUUUUUCAUCCUCA